AUGGCCAGUCCUCAAAUUGGAAGAGUUGAAAGCAAAGAGUACUACUCGUGGAUGCGAGGCCACCAUGCUUACAAGGACAUUUUCGCGCCUGUUAUUGGUACCACGCUCACUUUACAGUAGCCUGCGUGCAGACGAUAACUAAACUCUGAUUAGUACCAGAGUUUAAUUUCGUCUGCGCGUAGGCUAACUUUACAGCGGAAACCAGAAAAUGCAAAAGAUCCGCAUGCUGUAGCUAUUGUAGAAGAUGCUGGACGCAUUGUUCGCCAUAUCCCAUUAGCUUUAUCGAGAAUUGUGUCGUCUUUUUUAAAAAGGGCUAACCACAAGGCAAGAGCAGAAAUCUGUGGAAAACGGAUCAAUCGAGGAUCUGGCUUGGGACUGGAACUUCCAAUAUUUGGACAGACUGGACGAACUUAUUCAUGGCAGCGAGACUGCAAAGAGGGCCUUAAGAGAAAAAGAUAA